UCGGUCGGCGAUUCAGAAAGUCGGAUUGAGAAUUAGACUGCGGGAAUUAACACGUUUGCUUGCUCACACACCCAAAGGGCAUCAUGCAUCUGAAAGAGUAAGCUCCUGCUCACAAGCUUGCAUGCCCUUCUCGUCGGUGUGGGAUGUUGCAAACAGAGGUUUAUAAGUAGCAAUUGCGGUUGUGCGAGGAGAACACUGCGAGUGAGGGGGGGGGUAUUCAUAGUCUUGUGUCGGAGGCACAUUGGCGAAGGACAGAGAAGGGAUUGAUCGAACAGCUGCAGUGGUCAGGCGGUGAGCGGAGUCAAAAGUUUGCCAGUGGCUUGGAACAAAGUCUGGCAGCAGAAAGAGAGAGAUUUGUGGCGGAUGGAUGGAGGAAGGAAAACAGGAGGACGAGGAGGAGGACGAGGAGGAGGACGAGGAGGACGAGAAGGAGGACGAGGAGGAGGACGAGGAGGGCGCGGGGGGAGGAGGAGCAGGUGGUGCUGAUGACGAUGUUGAUGUUGCGUCGUGUUGCUUAGUGAGGGAAGACAAAGCCCACCAGCGUCUUGGAACAAAGUCCAGCAGCAGACAGAGAGUGAGACGCUGCAGAUGGAUGAAGUUGACGGGAACAGCAGCAGCAGCAGGAGGAGGAGGAGGAGGAGGAGGAGGAGGAGGAGGUGGUGCUGCUGGUGGUGACGGCGAUGGUGAUAUGAAGGAAGGGAGUGAGGCAGCAGAAGCAGGAGGAGGAGGAGGAGGAGGAGGAGGAGGAGGAGAAGGAGAAGGUGGUUAUGAUGAUGGUGGUGUUGCAGCUGGCUGAUAUUGGGUUAUGCUUAUUCCUCAACGGCAAGGAAAGUUCUCCGAAGCUCAGUGUUUUGGCUGGUGUUUGGAGAUUCACUAGC